AUGACAAUGGAAUCAGUAACAGCAACAACACUAGUUCCGAUUGCAACCCAAAUAGAGCCCAACAAUGACGACAUCAAUGACGUCGAGAUGACCAAAGCCCAACAAGUUCAGCAGCAACAACAAAAGAAGAAUAGAAUUCAAGUUUCUAAUACCAAAAAGCCUCUGUUCUUCUAUGUUAACCUUGCCAAGAGGUACAUACAACAACACAAUGAGGUGGAGCUUUCUGCCCUUGGCAUGGCAAUCACUACGGUGGUCACAAUUGCUGAAAUAUUGAAGAACAAUGGCUUGGCAACUGAGAAAAAGGUUUUGACAUCCACGGUAGGCAUGAAAGACGAGAACAAAGGUCGUCUUGUUCAAAAAGCAAAGAUUGAGAUUGUGUUGGGAAAAUCCGAGAAGUUUGAUGACUACUGCAAGCACAACACCUCAGCCAGAGACAAAUGA